AUGGCGAACUACCUCGCCUCCAUCUUCGGCACCGAGCAGGAUAAGGUCAACUGCUCCUUCUACUACAAGAUCGGCGCCUGUCGCCACGGGGACCGAUGCUCGCGCAAGCAUGUCAAGCCGUCGUACUCGCAGACGAUCCUCAUGCCCAAUCUCUACCAGAACCCGGCGUUCGACCCCAAGAACAAGAUGAACCCGAGCCAGAUCCAGAACCACUUUGAUGCCUUCUACGAGGACAUCUGGUGUGAGAUGUGCAAGUACGGCGAGGUCGAGGAGGUAGUGGUGUGUGACAACAACAAUGAUCAUCUGAUUGGCAAUGUCUACGUACGCUUCAAGUAUGAAGAAGACGCCCAAAAAGCCUGCGACGAGCUGAACUCUCGCUGGUACGCCGCUCGGCCGGUGUAUUGCGAGCUAUCGCCGGUGACAGAUUUCCGCGAAGCGUGUUGUCGCCUGAAUAGUGGCGAGGGGUGUGUGCGCGGCGGGUUCUGUAACUUCAUCCAUCGCAAGGAACCCAGUCCGGAGCUGCAGCGAGAACUGGAGUUGUCGACAAAGAAAUGGCUCAAGCUGCGCGGUCGAGAUGAGCGCAGCGUCUCAUUGAAUGGUGCGAAAAGUCAUUGA